AUGGCUCCAGAAGGCCUGGACGUCUCCAAUCAGAAGCUCCAUCCAUUCUUCGUCCCAGGAAAGAACGCCGAUGCCUCGAAACCCGAUCCAGCGACUCCGAAGAAUGCAGAGGCGCGAUCAAAGAAGCAGACGCGCACGUCGCAGCAACCAUCGAGCGAUGUCGAACCUUACUCGUCGGACAUUGGCGAGGAUGGACACGGUAGUAAAAGGCAGAAGACAGGCGGCGGCAACCCUCCUAGCUCUGGGAAGAAGAGGGGACGCCCCAGGAAGAUACAGCCUGCCCCAGCUGUCGCAAUAGCCAACAACUUCUCACAGGCCAAUGGCGUGCCAUUGACAUCCCUUGUUAACGAAAUCCCGCGAACGCCUCUUCCUGCGCCAUCGCCUGCCAACAACACUGCUCUGCCCCCACUCCAGGCCCCUACUUCAGCAGUUAAUGCCGACGGAUACCCGCAGUCAACAGAGACCUUGGCUCCGAGUACGGGAAAGGUCGAGCCGUCAAAGCCUACGAAGGUUCUCAAGUUCAACCCCAAGACCGGUACUAUUGGGUCACCGCCGAAGCCAAAACCAGGCCCUGCAGAUACGGUCAAAGGCGCAAAGUUUACCAAAUCGCCAACUAAGCAAUCUCGCAUUGUAACAAUCAAGUACGGGGCUGAUACAGAGUCGCGCGAACGAAUUGGUCCGAAAAUCGAGCAGAUCCUUGCCACUCCCUCGCAGACCAAGACAACUCCGACGAAAACCACUCCUCGAAAGCCUCGUUCCAAAGCUCCCAAACCGGACCAAGACAAAAUGAAGGCAAACAACACGCAUCCUCUUUUCCUCGCGAAGUCGAAAAACGCUGUCAAGUCAGCAGAGACGCCUCCCGCUCCUCCAAAGCAGCCCAGGGCCACCAUUUUUUCUUCAACCCCCUGCUCCCCCAAGAAGCAGCGGUUGACUCCAGCGGCUGGCAAGGUUCAGCUUCCGCAGUUUGGCGUUCGAUCCAUGGGACUCAAAGUGCCAGGUGCAUGUCAUCCAGCGUGGCCAGCCCAGGGAACUGCGCAUGUCAGGGGUUUGUCGCCUGGCGAAGAGCACCUGCCAGCAAGGCAUCACAAGAGUCUUUCGUCCAGGAAGUCAAAAGGACAACCCACAAACAUCUUUCCGGGAGAGUCUGUCAUAGAUCAGCUCUCCAGGUCAUUCGACACCCUCAACAUCGCAAAGACAAUCCAGGAAGCCACUGACGACUAUGAGCCACCUCCACCGCCAGAGCUCCGACUGCCUGAGAAGCACUUUGAAAGUGGUCGCAAACUCCGCCAGAGAAUCAGACCUGAACUGCGGUCUCACCUGCCGCUCAGCUCGAGCCAAGAUAGCGACGAUGAACUACUCACUGCAUCUACCCGCAAACCUCACCCCGCAGUUGCUCGCCUUUACAACUCGCUGGAAACCAACCUCUCAGCUUACGACAGGUCGCAAUGCGAGGAACUUCCCUGGGCCCAUAAAUAUGCGCCGAUCUGUGCAGAAGAGGUCCUCCAGAGCGGCCAGGAAGGUGUGCUACUGAAAGAGUGGUUGCAAACCCUCAAAGUCCAGUCCGUCGAUACCGGUGCACCCAUUGCAGAUCAAAAGUCUACUUCCAAGCCUGGUUCAGCAACGAAGAAGAAGAGGAAGCGCAACAAGCUGGAUGGAUUUAUUGUAUCGAGUGGUGAUGAAGCAGAGUUUCUGCCCGCUAUUUCGGACGACGAGGAUGACUGGCUGCCAACACCUGUUCAUGGCAGCGCGAAGAAGACUGUGGUUCGCAAGGACGUUGGCAAGGACGCGAGCCGCCUCACCAAUGCAGUGGUUCUCAGUGGACCUCACGGCUGUGGAAAGACGGCUGCGGUGUACGCUGUUGCAAAGGAGCUUGGUUUCGAGGUUUUUGAGAUCAAUGCCAGCAGUCGCCGCAACGGUAAGGAUGUAAUGGAAAAGGUUGGAGAUAUGACCCAGAAUCACCUUGUCCAACAGCACCGCCAGAACGGCCAGGGUGACGGCGGAGACAACGUCGACAACGACACGGCAAACGACAUCAAAUCUGGCAAGCAAGGCACCAUGACAUCGUUCUUCAAACUCAAGACGGCGGCCAAGCCCAAAGUCACAGUUCAGCCUGAAACAACGGAGCAAUCCACCGUGGCAGCCAAAUCUGUAAAGGCAAAGACACAAAGCCAGAAGCAGUCGUUGAUUCUUCUCGAAGAAGUGGAUGUGCUUUACGAAGAAGACAAGCAAUUUUGGGCGACCAUCGUGAGCUUGAUUGCUCAGUCUAAGAGGCCCUUUGUCAUGACCUGCAACGACGAGACUCUGGUGCCAUUCCACAACUUCGUCCUGUAUGGAAUCCUCCGAUUCACACCACCGCCAGAGAUCUUGGCAGUCGAUACUCUGCUUCUCAUCGCUGCCAAUGAAGGCCAUGCUCUUCGUCGAGCAGCCGUGAGUGCGCUUUACGAAUCGAAGGGCUACGACCUCCGAGCGUCAUUGAUGGAACUCAACUAUUGGUGUCAGCUUGGAGUUGGCGACCGUCGCGGCGGUUUUGACUGGUUUUACCCGAGAUGGCCAAAGGGCUGCGACACUGACGAAAACGGUGAUGUUGUGCGCGUGGUCAGCGAAGGAACGUAUUUGGAGGGUAUGGGUUGGGUCAGCCGUGAUCCUGCAAUCGUCUCUAGCCCCCAUGCUGCUGAAGAGGAGUUGAUGAAUCAAUGCUGGCAGGGCCUAGAGAUGGACCUGGGAAAUUGGCACGAGUCCCUCGACAUGGUGUCAUGGGCAGACAACGUGGCGACGUCCUCGGCUGGGGACAGAGCCGCAGCGCUGGAUGCGUUUUCAGAGUUUUCCGAUCUCAUGAGCGCAGCCGAUCUCUGCUCUGGCGGUGACUUUGGACUCAGAUUCCAGGAACCACUUGAUCCUACUCAACCAGGGAUCCCGGUUAAAGCACGCGACGACUUCAUCAUGGGACGCCGCCUGCUAGAGGCUCCGCCUCUGACGACUUAUACCUGCACGGCCAAAGCCAUCGCCACCAGUCUCAAGUGCGGAGCUCGACAGGCUCUUCAAACCGCACCUUUCAAGAACGAUACUUUAGCCAAAAUGGAUUGCUUCCAAGAGGACAGCGCGAUCCGACGAAUGAGACAUUCUUUUGUCCAUCCUACCCGGGACACGGUCAUCAACCGCUAUGACAUGGCAUAUGCUUUCGACCCAAUCGCUGUCUCGGAGAAGGCUUCAGCUGCGGUGUCCGCCAGUCUGGAGCCAUCAGUCUUUGACCGCACAAUGCGGAUGAUCACUCUCGAAGUAGCGCCCUACGUGCGUGGAAUCAUAGGCUACGAUCAUCGUCUGAUGCAGGACCGGAUGCAACGAAGCGGCCUGCUCAGCGAAAGUGGUAGGCCAGGUAAGCGAAUGCGGAGUACUCGCGCUGCGUACUCGGCUCUAGAAGGUGUUGCGCGCGGCAAUGCGCGCAAGGAGAACUACUUUGCCGCGGAACUGAGUACACCUUUGGUGAUGAGAACCGGUGGCGAAAGCUGGCAAGCGGCUGUGGACGAAGAAAUGAGCCUGAUGAGCCCAGGGUCAAGUCCUGUAGGCGCGAAUGAAGUGGACGCAAACGAAGCUGGUGGGGAGAUGACAGCGCCAGUUAUGAGCGUGGAGUCGAUGACGUGUGAUGAAAUGGCUGAAUUCAAUAGAAGUUGA